GAGUUGUAGUCCAAAUUACCUCCGGUCGCUCUCAUCAUGCGCAACAAAAAACUACAACAACCAGAUUGGAAAACGCGGAAGAGCGCCACAAAAACAGUAGCCCGUAGCAACACGCGACGGUAGAAGCAGGAUGUCUCACGCUGGGAAAAAGAGAAAACUUGAUAAAACCCGACAGGACAUGCUUUAUUUCGAUAGCUAUUCCGAUGUGACGAUACACGAAGAGAUGAUCGCAGACCACGUCCGGACCAACACUUACCGGACGGCCAUAUUUCGGAACAGCGAGUCGAUUAAGGGCAAAGUGGUGCUGGAUGUCGGGGCAGGAACCGGCGUUUUGAGCAUCUUCUGCGCUCAGGCCGGCGCUAGGAAAGUCUACGCGGUGGAGGCUUGCUCCAUAGCCGAGCAGGCAGCGGAGAUAGUGAAGCGGAACAACGUGGACGACGUGGUGGAGGUCAUCAGAGGCACGGUGGAGACGGUGGAGCUGCCCGAGAAGGUGGAGGUGAUCGUGAGCGAGUGGAUGGGCUACGCUCUGCUGCACGAGUCCAUGCUCAACUCGGUGCUGCACGCGCGCGACAGGUGGCUGAAGGCCGGCGGACUCAUCCUGCCGAGCAGAGCCGAGCUCUACAUCACUCCCAUCAGCGAGCCGGUGGCGGAGGAGCGCCUGUACUUCUGGUACACCGUCAAGGACCAGUACGGCGUCGACAUGUCCUGCAUGUCCGACUUCGCCCGGAGGUGCAUCAAGAACUCGGACGUCACGGUGAGCACCGUGGCCGUGGAGGACGUGCUCUCCCACCCGGCCCGCUUCGCCGAGCUCGACCUGCGCUCGGUGACGGCGGAGGAGGUGCGCGGCGUGAAGGGCCGCUUCAGGUGCGAGUCGUUCGGCUCGGCUGCGGUGAACGCGUUCUGUGUUUACUUCACGGUCACCUUCCCCUGUCCGGACACAGCGCACUCGCUCGCGCUGUGCACGUCCCCGUUCAAGCCGGAGACCCACUGGAAGCAGGCGGUGCUGUACCUGGACUCCCCCGUGGAGGUGGUGCAGGACACGGAGAUUAGCGGGGAGGUUAGCAUGUUUCCCUCAGAGGACAGCUCCAGACACAUCUGCAUCCACGUGGACUACACUAUAGGAGAGCAGAAAAGACAAUCCAAGACGUUUUCUAUCCCGGACUGGACCUCUGACCCUCAGCCAUAGAGGGGUUGAACGAUUUCCCUCCUACAGUUCAUUCAUGUUAACACUUUUGGUGCCCAAAAUACUCCUGAUUCUAGGUUACAUUUACCAGCUCUACUCACUGGUUCCAUACGGAAGUGGAUUUAUGACUGCAACUUUAGCUGGUGAAACCUUAACAUUCACUGUUGCAUUUAGUUAUAGUAAAGAUCACCUUCUACCUUCUGAUCUACCCUCAUUUCAUAUGGCUGAAGUACUAAAUAUAUAUUUUUAAUUAUUCUGCUUUUGCUACAAUUUUAUUUAAGCAGUGACACUGUCAAUGUUGACAUAUUCAUGUUCAUUUUAACCUAAUAAAGAUCUAAUGGUGCUGGAAGAAG